GCAAUCAAGCAGCAAGUCGAAAAGUUGAGUCAUUCAACAUCGUGCUAAUAUUGACUGUCGGAAGUGCCUGAAGCCAGAGGCCUGAUUCCCACUCACCACUCACAGCCAAUAGGCGAGCUAGCUCCAUGAGAUUAGUGCGCGUAUUUAUGAAAUUAUUAUGCACCAAACUGCUAAGCGGCUCAUCCUAUUGUGUCUGGGAGAAUGGGUUGACAGGCAAGGCUAUAUUGGGACAUUUUGAAUCCAGACGAUCAUUGCGUCGCGUCGGUCAGACACUGCACUUCGGGUUUAGGGGUGGGCGAGUUUGUUGAUAUGACCCUUGCAGCUGACGGUCAUUUAGUAAAAGUUCAUCGAAAUAUUGUGGCACUUGCCAGCCCUUACAUAAAGGCAAUGAUAGAAUCUGCUGCAUGUCAACAUCCAGUUGUGUUUCUAAAUAACAUAAAUCACAGUAUACUUUCUUUCAUACUGGAAUAUAUAUAUACAGGGGAAGUGAAGAUACCGACUGAUGCUACACCAGCUUUUAUACAAGCCUGCAAAGCAUUAUGUAUUAAUGGUAUUGAAAAUAUAGAGUUACCUCAGAAACAACCAUCUGAUCCGCUACCAUCAGAGUUGCUGCCACCUAGCCAGCCCCCCCCACCUUUGGGUUCUGUUUUACCACCACCAUUACACAAUUCUUUGGAUUUACCACCAGAAAGACCUAUAGUACCACCAGACAAUAAUUUUGCAGCUCACAUAACAAUUAGCAGUGAAAACAAUGUCGAAGUCAUACCAGCUGACAAUACUAUUGUCCAAGAAAGUACACAGCCUUUCUAUUCUCUUGGUGACAUCAAUCUGAUGAAUUUUCCAACAUUGAAAAGUUCUACUGCAAGCGACAAUCUAAAUAAUGCACAAGUUGCUCCACUUCCUGAAAUGAAUAUUAUAGAAACUGAUUUUGAAUAUAUUGAUGCUCCGGUAUCUAAUAUAGAAGAGAACAAUACAGAAAUCACAAAUAGUAAUUACUUUAACAUAGCUCCAAAUGAUCCUAUUACGGUUUUUAAUUUAGCCCCAUGUAAUCCACCACCACUACCACCUCAUACUAAAGUUAACCAAGGAGCUCCUGUGACUAAAGUCACCCAUGAAUCUAUUCUAGGCAAUAAAGCUCAUGGUCUGCAUUACUCUAUUUCUAAACGUGGGUCAUUGCAAUUAAUAUUGAACCAGUUUAUGUACCACUGUCAUCAUCAUGCAUCUAAUGGUCUUAAGCGCCGUUGGCGAUGUGUGGACUACCGAAAACUACAUUGUCCAGCAUAUAUAGAUACAAAUAAUGACAUCAUUUACACCAGAUCUGAACACCAUAAUCAUGGCCACCAUAAGACUCAAAUUAUGAGAAAAUUAAAAUCAAAUUGCUUAUUUACUUCCAUAACCCAAGCUACAAAUAGAAUGAUUACCAAACAAAAACCUAAAGAUAAACCCAAAAAGUUUGUUAGAAAUUCUAAUACCUCUCGUGGAGCUAACCAAAUAAUCAAAGUUACUCUGCCUAAAACCUAAGUAAUUUUAUUCUGAAAUACAAAAUUAUAAUUU